AUGAUUGGUAUCAUGAAUUGUGGCUCCGACGCAUCCGUCGAAUUCUAUGCUAGUAAUCGAGCAAGUUCGCUCUAUCAGCGCAAAGCAUCCAAAGAUGAGAGGACAUACACAGCCGAUGGUCGUGUUUUGAUUAAUGGAGUGCCUGAGACCCAAGACACACCCGCUGAGCUGUGGCGUAGUCUUAUCUACAAGGCUGCCACAGCCAGAGUUAUAAAGGAAAUGGAAGAUAAGGAUGGUGGACCUCUCGCAGUGAUCCGGCGGUUCUCCAGCCGACUCGGUCUUCGCCGCAACCCAACAGCAGUGAAAGAAUCAAUACCAGUGGAAGACGUUGAAGAAAACGAGGAAUUGUUUGAAGGAAAAACACAAAAAGAGAAGAAAGAACGAGAGCACGUUACAAUUAUCAGGAUCAAAACGUUGCAUAAGAAUCCGGAAAUGGAAGCUGCGCACGAAAUUCCAAUUCAGGAGCAAGAAGAUGGAGAUGAACUGCGCAUUUAUGCUCAAGAAAGUAUUUUGAAGCGUCUUAUGGAAGAGAAAGCUAUGAUUGAGCGCCAAAUGGGAAAUAUCUCUAUGGAAUGGGGUAGUGAUAGUGCACAUACGAGCAUUGACGAGACUGCUGAUAUUAUUGUCGAAAGAUUCUAAGCCAUGAAAGCGACUUUCCACACACCCUGUUCAAUCGCAUGCUUCGUUUCCCAUAGGCGCACAACGAUAGAAACACGCCAUCACGCAGCUUUGCGUCACAUUCGCGCGCCUAUAGUUUAGACAUUCAAAUUGGCUUUUCUAAUUGAAGGUCCGCAUGUAAGGUCCUCACGUUACGGAUGCAUCAUUCUCAAACAAAAAGGGGUAUGUAGUUGACACUGACUUCGUUUGAAAUCGAAGUUAUAUGAAGAAAUCAGGUAGAAUAAGCCAUACUGGAACGUAUCAAAGCAUAUUUUUUGUCAGCUAAUGAUUUCAUGAAAUCUUCAACCUUAUAUCACCUUGCACUUAAAUUGUUUACACUGCGAUAAAAGGCAAUGUAUUAGGGCAGUCCGAAAGCUUGUUCACACCAUAUUCAAAAAAUUAUAACUUCCUUUCC